CGCGGCACGGCCUCCCCUCAGCCUCUCCUCCCCUCAGCACGGCCCGGCACGGCCUCCCCUCAGCCUCUCCUCCCCUCAGCACGGCUCGGCACGUCUUCCCCUCAGCACGGCCCGGCACGGCCUCCCCUCAGCACGGCCCGGCCUCAGCACGGCCCGGCCUCCCCUCAGUGUGGCACGGCCCCGGCCCGGCACGGCCUCCCCUCAGCAUGGCCCCAGCACAGCCUCCCCUCAGCCUCUCCUCCCCUCGGCACGGCCCGCACGGGAUGCGGUGGCGGCGGGGCCGAGGCGGGCGCUGCCGGGGUGCGGAGCUGACGCCCCCUGCCCGCGGUGCGCUGCCCGUGGGUGGGCGCGGGGAGCCCGGGGCCGCCACAGCCCCGGCGGGGACGGGCUGAGGGGCGGCAGGCCCGGGCUGAGGGGCUCUGCUGGACCGGAUGGUCUUUACGGGCAUUUAACAGGGUGCCCUGUUGGCAUCUUGUGUGUUGGUUACUGCAAAGCAAGUAGGAAUAAUUGAGUUUCUCGGCAAGUGGGUGCUAAAGGCUUCUCUGUUGUCAGCAGCUCAUUGGCGUAAGUGUCCUGAGAAAAGAAACGGAGAGGAAAGAUAAGAAAUCGCAGGUAGAAGCAAAUUCAAGAAUGAUAAGAAAGAAAAAGAGAAAAGAAUUUCAUGAGGAUCCUGUGCAGAAAAAGAAAAAGGUGAAGACUAUAAUUGAAAUUGAGGAAGAUGUUCAGACUGUCAUUAGAACUGAGGACAAUGACCAUCUCAAGAAAAAAAAGAAAAAGAAAAAGGAAAAUUUAAAAGAUAAAUGUUCACACAAAUUGCAACCAAAGAAUAACAAGAAAGAGAAGAAGAAAGUCAGCUCUGAAUUUCUCAGAGCAGCUCAUUUAGAAAGCUUUGUGAAUAUAAAAGGUCCUGUGGAUUUACGACUUCAAGAAGAGUCAGAGGAACAAAUUAAAAUACUCAAAAAGAAGAAAAAAAAAGUCCAGUGUCAUUUCUCCUUGGAGAAUAGUGAGAGUAGUGACAUGGAGCUUUCAAAUCAUCAUGAAGAUGGUACUAAGAAAAAUGAAUUGCCUUUUAAAAAAAAGAGCAAGAAAACUGCUUUGGAUUUGGAAUUAGAUGGUGAGGUAAAAAAGAAAAGGAAGAGGAAAGGCAGUUAUUCAUUAGAGGACAUCCACGACAGUGAACAAAAGCAAUCUUCAAAAGUUUAUAAAAACACCCACAAAUACCUGUCCCAAGAAACAGUUUUCAUGGGUAAAAACAGUGACACAGAUAAUGCCUGGAAUGAUGAGGAGAGUUAUGUGAGAAGAAAGAAGAAGAAAAAGAAUGAUAAGUCUGACUUCUAUCAGUACAACAUGCAUCAUGAUCCUGGUAGCCUCACUGCUUUAAGUGAUUCCAGAAAAAGGAAGAAGCAUAAUUCCUGGGAACAUUCAUUGACAAGCAGAGAGAAAGAGGACAAAAUUAAAAAAUUUGGGACUAUCAAAGAGAAGAAGAAGAAAAGAAAAGAUAUUUCUUCUUCAGCCUGUGAAGAAGAUAACCCAGACUACAGUUACAGCUUUCUUGAUAUGUAUCGCCCAGCACAGCAAGAGGUUGAGCUUGAGGAAGAAGAGCUGAGUGGAAAGAAACACAGGAAGAAUUUCAAGGAUAAUAAUGAAGUCAGUAAGAAGAAAAAGAAGAAAAGGGAGAAGGAAACAACAUAUUCCAAAGUUUCUUUAAACCAUGACGGUGCCGCUAAAAGCAAAAAAAUACUACUAGAAAACAACAAAAAGAAGAGAAAGAGUGAAAUGGAGCGAGCUCAGUGUGUUAGAGGGGACACUGUAGAUGGGACAUUAUGCAAUAGUAAUCCUGUGCAGUGUGACAGAAAAAGGAAAAAAGGGGGAAAAGUGCCACCACAGGACUUUGCUGAAGCACCAGGUUCAAAAGCAGAUGCAGAAAAGAUCAAGACAGAAUCCCCAUGGAAUGGGUCACUGGAACCUCUAGAUGGUGUAAUUAUUGUGCAGGAGAAGAAAGGAAACUGUGAUGAAAUUAGCAUAGACAAGGUGAGGCGGCAGGCCCUGCAAGAGGAAAUCGAUAGAGUAUCUGGCAAAACCAAGAAGGCUUUCAGUUCCAAAGUGGGACAGGAUAUGAAGCUUGGACAGUGGAGUACAGCUGCUUUUGGAAGUUCUGCGGAACAAAUGAAGUUUUUUAGACUGAUGGGUGGCUUUAAAAAGGGUUCUGUGCCUAUCCAAACUCCCUCAGCAACUACAAACAAACCAAACAUGGCUCUGAACAAGGAAGGGGAGGAGAAGUUACAGCAGGCACUGAAGAUGGAGUUUGAUAAAGCAAUGGACUUGAAGCAACAUAGAGGAAUUGGUCUUGGAUUUCAGCCUACUGCCAACAAAAAAGUAUACAUAGACAAAUAUGCAUCUAGAUCCAUAAAAUUUGAAGAUUAAAACUCGGAAGUAAUAAAAAGAGUGAAAUUUCUUUUUACGUGAAAUAAAAUAACAAAAUGCUGAAGAAAUUUCAUUUAUGAGGUACUUGAAGUACAAGUUUUCAGCUACAUAUACCAGUGGAGCUGGGUCCUCCCUUCAUCCAAACAGUAAGUUUCUGAAACCUUUAUCAUGUUUGUUCUGCAAGGCAAGAGCCAGCCUCCUUCAAAGACUGAAGAUAUGUGCCAUGCUUGCAAUUAGUUAAAAUUCAGUAAUUUUUUUUUAAAUGCUGAUUUAAUAAACUUGAUUUUAUUUGUAUCUUAA